AUGUUACCUCGUCUUGGAGGAUUUCUAGCCGGGUUUUCCAGUACAAUCAGCUCAUUUCUUCCGAAAACGACCGCGUCUACACUCUUCACACAUCAAUCAUCGCAAUUUUCAACUAGUUUUCCUGCUUGGAGAAACAAUUUCUUGCAGUUUAUUCACUACCGAAAUGGCCCACCAAAACGACGUGCUCGCAGUAAGGAUAAGAGCGCAAUCAGUGGAUAUUCUCAUUACAAAGGAAUUGUGCUGAAAACCGUGAUUCGUCACCCCAAAAAGCCAAACUCUGGAAAUCGAAAGUGUGCAAUUGUGAGAUUGUCGACUGGAGCAGAAGUGUGCGCGUAUAUUCCGAAUGUCGGACACAAUUUGCAGGAACAUUCACAGGUGCUGGUAAAAGGAGGACGUCGACGAGAUUUGAUUUCUGUCAAAGCCAAUAUUGUGCGAGGAAAGUACGAUUGUGCACCAGCAGGAGGACGGAAAUAAUCAUAAUUAGGAUCUUCAUCUCUAGAUUUUUGUUUCUUUGUUUUUUUUUUAUUAAAAUGUUUUUCUUU